GCCGCCCUGUCGGCGCCGCUGAGGCCAAGGACGGACACACAGUCUGCCCUCCCCCGCUCACACCGGGAUCAUGACGGUCCCCAAGGAGAUGCCCGAGAAGUGGGCCCGGGCCGGGGCGCCUCCCUCCUGGAGCCGAAAGAAGCCCUCUUGGGGGACAGAAGAAGAAAGGCGGGCGCGGGCUAAUGCCCGGGAAUACAAUGAGAAAUUCCAGUACGCGAGUAACUGCAUCAAGACCUCCAAAUACAAUAUUCUCACCUUCCUACCUGUCAACCUCUUUGAGCAGUUCCAGGAAGUCGCCAACACCUACUUCCUGUUCCUUCUCAUUCUGCAGUUGAUCCCACAGAUCUCAUCCCUGUCCUGGUUCACCACCAUUGUGCCUUUGGUUCUUGUCCUCACCAUCACAGCCGUCAAAGAUGCCACUGAUGACUAUUUCCGCCACAAGAGUGAUAACCAGGUGAAUAACCGUCAGUCUCAGGUGCUGAUCAAUGGAAUACUCCAGCAAGAGCAGUGGAUGAAUGUUUGUGUUGGUGACAUCAUCAAGCUAGAAAAUAACCAGUUUGUAGCGGCGGAUCUCCUUCUCCUUUCCAGCAGCGAGCCCCAUGGGCUGUGUUACAUAGAGACGGCGGAACUCGACGGAGAGACCAACAUGAAAGUACGUCAGGCAAUUCCAGUCACCUCGGAAUUGGGAGACACCAGUAAGCUUGCCAAGUUUGAUGGUGAAGUGAUCUGCGAACCUCCCAACAACAAGCUGGACAAAUUCAGUGGAACCCUCUACUGGAAGGAAAACAAGUUCUCCCUGAGCAACCAGAACAUGCUCCUGCGGGGCUGUGUGCUGCGAAACACUGAGUGGUGCUUUGGGCUGGUCAUCUUUGCAGGUCCUGAUACUAAGCUGAUGCAGAAUAGCGGCAGGACAAAGUUCAAAAGAACAAGUAUUGAUCGCCUCAUGAAUACACUGGUGCUCUGGAUUUUCGGAUUCCUGGUCUGCAUGGGGGUGAUCCUGGCCAUUGGCAAUGCCAUCUGGGAGCACGAAGUUGGGAUGCGCUUCCAGGUCUACCUGCCCUGGGACGAGGCGGUAGACAGUGCCUUUUUCUCUGGCUUCCUCUCCUUCUGGUCUUACAUCAUCAUCCUUAAUACCGUCGUGCCCAUUUCGCUGUAUGUCAGUGUGGAGGUCAUCCGUCUGGGCCACAGCUACUUCAUCAACUGGGACAAGAAGAUGUUCUGCAUGAAGAAGCGGACGCCGGCGGAGGCCCGCACCACCACCCUGAAUGAGGAGCUGGGCCAGGUGGAGUACAUCUUCUCCGAUAAGACGGGCACCCUCACACAGAACAUCAUGGUCUUCAACAAGUGCUCCAUCAAUGGCCACAGCUAUGGUGAUGUGUUCGAUGUCCUGGGGCACAAAGCGGAGUUAGGAGAGAGGCCUGAGCCUGUCAACUUUUCCUUCAAUCCCCUGGCCGACAAGAAGUUCUUAUUUUGGGACCCUAGCCUCUUGGAGGCUGUCAAGAUGGGGGACCCCCACACACACGAGUUCUUCCGUCUCCUUUCCCUGUGUCAUACUGUCAUGUCAGAAGAAAAGAAUGAAGGAGAGCUGUACUACAAAGCUCAGUCCCCAGACGAGGGCGCCCUGGUCACUGCAGCCAGGAACUUUGGUUUUGUAUUCCGCUCUCGUACUCCCAAAACAAUCACCGUGCACGAGAUGGGCACCGCCAUCACCUACCAGCUGCUGGCCAUCCUGGACUUCAACAAUAUCCGCAAGCGAAUGUCAGUCAUAGUGAGGAAUCCAGAGGGAAAGAUCCGACUCUACUGCAAAGGGGCUGACACCAUCCUGCUGGACAGACUCCACCACUCCACCCAAGAACUGCUCCACACUACCAUGGACCACCUCAAUGAGUACGCAGGGGAGGGGCUGCGGACUCUGGUCCUGGCCUACAAGGAUCUGGAUGAGGAGUACUACGAGGAGUGGGCUGAGCGCCGCCUCCAAGCCAGCCUGGCCCAGGACAGCCGGGAGGACAGGCUGGCCAACAUCUACGAGGAAGUUGAGAGCGACAUGAUGCUGCUGGGUGCGACGGCCAUCGAGGACAAACUUCAGCAAGGGGUUCCUGAGACCAUUGCCCUCCUGACGCUGGCCAACAUCAAGAUUUGGGUGCUCACCGGAGACAAACAAGAGACAGCCGUGAACAUUGGCUAUUCCUGCAAGAUGCUGACGGACGACAUGACAGAGGUGUUCAUGGUCACCGGCCAUACCGUCCUGGAGGUGCGCGAGGAGCUCAGGAAAGCCCGGGAGAAGAUGAUGGACUCAUCUCGUGCGGUAGGCAACGGCUUUACCUACCAGGAGAAACUGUCUUCUUCCAAGCUCACUUCUGUCCUGGAAGCUGUCGCUGGGGAGUACGCCCUGGUCAUCAAUGGUCACAGCCUGGCUCACGCGCUGGAGGCAGACAUGGAGUUGGAGUUUCUGGAGACGGCGUGUGCCUGCAAAGCUGUCAUCUGCUGCCGAGUGACCCCCUUGCAGAAGGCACAGGUGGUGGAACUGGUUAAGAAGUACAAGAAGGCUGUGACACUUGCUAUUGGGGAUGGAGCCAAUGAUGUCAGCAUGAUCAAAACGGCUCACAUUGGUGUGGGCAUCAGUGGACAGGAAGGGAUCCAGGCUGUCCUGGCCUCCGACUACUCCUUUUCCCAGUUCAAGUUCCUGCAGCGCCUCCUGCUGGUGCAUGGGCGCUGGUCCUACCUGCGCAUGUGCAAGUUCCUCUGCUAUUUUUUCUACAAGAACUUUGCUUUCACCAUGGUCCACUUCUGGUUUGGUUUCUUCUGCGGCUUCUCGGCCCAGACCGUCUAUGAUCAGUAUUUCAUCACCCUGUAUAACAUCGUGUACACCUCUCUCCCAGUCUUGGCUAUGGGGGUCUUUGAUCAGGAUGUCCCUGAGCAGCGGAGCAUGGAGUACCCUAAGCUGUACGAGCCUGGCCAGUUGAACCUUCUCUUCAACAAGCGGGAGUUCUUCAUCUGCAUCGCGCAGGGCAUCUACACCUCUGUGCUUAUGUUCUUCAUUCCCUAUGGGGUGUUUGCCGAGGCCACCCGGGAUGAUGGCACCCAGCUGGCCGACUACCAGUCCUUUGCAGUCACUGUGGCCACAUCACUGGUCAUCGUGGUUAGCGUGCAGAUUGGUCUAGACACAGGCUACUGGACGGCUAUCAACCACUUCUUCAUCUGGGGCAGCCUGGCUGUCUACUUUGCCAUCCUCUUUGCCAUGCACAGCAAUGGGCUCUUUGAUAUGUUUCCGAACCAGUUCCGGUUUGUGGGGAACGCCCAGAACACCUUGGCCCAGCCCACGGUGUGGCUGACCAUUGUGCUCACCACGGUUGUCUGCAUCAUGCCUGUGGUUGCCUUCCGAUUCCUCAGGCUCAACCUGAAGCCGGAUCUCUCUGACACAGUCCGCUACACCCAGCUGGUGAGGAAGAAGCAGAAAGCUCAGCACCGCUGCAUGCGGCGGGUGGGCCGCACAGGCUCCCGGCGCUCUGGCUAUGCCUUCUCCCACCAGGAGGGCUUCGGGGAGCUCAUCAUGUCUGGCAAAAACAUGCGACUCAGCUCCCUGGCGCUCUCCAGCUUUACCACCCGCUCCAGCUCCAGCUGGAUUGAGAGCCUGCGCAGGAAGAAGAGUGACAGUGCCAGCAGCCCCAGCAGUGGGGCCGACAAGCCCCUCAAGGGGUGAGCCCAGGGUGGACGCCCUGGUGCUGGUGACCAGAGCACGCAGGGCCAGCCGGUCACCGAGGGAAUAGCGUCUCGGAACUGCUGGUCCUCGCUUCUCACCUCCUGUCUCCCCGGGUAGACUCUGUCCUGCUGGUCCCACCGGGAGUGGCUGGGGAGUCCCAGGUCCGAAGCUUUCCCACCAGCUGGGCACAGGUCCAAGGGCAGAGCGGGGCCGGAGGCAUUGGGAACCAGUCCCGGUGGGGGACCAGAUGUGGAACCAAAAAC